GUUUAAUGGGGAUUUGGUUAUUCAAAACACAUACCGAAGGAAGGGGAUUCAACGUCGCGGAAAAGACUGUCAUUGGGAUCUGUACCAAAAACAAGACAAGCCUGGUUUGGUGACUUUCUGCAUGAUAUUUGAAAUCUUAACAUUUACCAGCAGCAAGCGAGUCGUGCGGAGUCGACUUGCCUCGGUCGCGAGACGUUGUCAUCGCUUGUUUUGCACCACGGGUUGGAAAAAUAUUCUUAGUUUGUUUGCCACCUCGCCAAAAUGACAACUGAUUGAUUAGCCCGUCAGAAGAUAAAUAAUACGACAUGGAAAACUCUAGCUAUGUAAUCUGUCAUCUUUCAAUGUGAUCGACAUGGUUACAUUGGCUCGCCGUUCCCUGGAAGUGUGUAGCUAUAACGAGCGGUUUUGUGCUUUGUUUAUUUAUUCAUCUUAGUCCCCUUCUUCUUUAGGGAGAAGUGUGUAUUUGAAUGGUCAUCGGUUGAGUCGUUUGGUGCAGGAUCCACUCGCAAAUAGGUGAUAUUUCAUUCAUAUAACUAUCUGAUCAUAGUAUAUUUACUUUGUAAACUAGCUAGUCAGCAUUAGAUAGCUAAACUGUAAUGUUAGAAAUGUGUUGUGAACAUACGCGAUAGUCGAUGGCACGUGCUUUAUUGGCUUUGGAACAGUGGUUAUUUAAAAACGUUUACACGACCUCAAUGUAGGCUUUAAUGUAGCCUACACAAAAUAAUCAAACAGCUACAAUCGACAAGUUGCAAACACCGAACAGGGCUGAUGGUGAUUUAUGUUUUCAUUAUCCCCCGCCCUGCAUAUAGUGAGUUUAAACUGCCAUUGCAAUUUCCGAGAAGUAGUCGAUUUUGCAGAUCGUGCCUUAAUCUGUUGUUUAUUUAUUUUUGAAUGCAGACAUAAAAAACGUUUCAUAAUCUUUAAUCUCCACUCAUCAAUUGUAAUACCUCGAGCAUUUAAGUGAUUUUAUUUUAUUGAAGAUUUAUUAAGCGAAUUAAUUAUGCUUUUCAGUGUUCACCUUGUUUCGUGUCCCCUUACUUGCCAUGUUGUUGUUUUUUAAAGUUUGCGCAUAGGUAGUAACCACAUUCAUAUACAUCAACUACCUUUAGCGCCUAUUGAAGUAUCUUCUGGCAGGGGAGUUAGAACCCCGACGCUCGUGCUGAACAUUAAAACGCAUCACUUGCGAUACGAUUUUGGAAAAAUAUUUCAUAUCGGCGAGAAAUUAAAUGACUAUACACGUCUUUAUAGUGUUAGGGUUGUCACACGGCUAUAUUUCCAUGUUACAGGGGUACCAGUACCGAGUUGAUGUGCAGGGGUAAUUACGAGGUAAUUGAGGUAGAUGUGUACUUAAGGGUAUGGGGUAAAAUGACUAGGCAACAGUUAGCAGCAGUUUUUGUGAUUUUGUCGGAAGUUAGUGCAAAGGUGGUUCAAUGCAGAUAGUCCGGUUAACUAUUUGGAAGGCUUAUGGCUUGGGGGGGGGGCUCUUCGGGGUCCUGAUGGUGCAUCGCUACAGCUUGCGGUGCGGCAGCAGAGCGAACAGUCUAUGACUCGGGUGGCUGGAGUCAAGCACAUAACAGAUAUGUCACAAUGUAACGUUAGCUGGUAUCUAGCACGAAUGCCCGUGGUUAAACUUAAUUCAUUUACGUGUGUUUUUAUUUAUUAAUUUACAGGACGAUUAAUUUAUCAAAUUCGAGAAGAAACCUGCAGAAGAAACUGGUUUUGCGACUGUGGUGCAACUGCCUGUCUUUUGGGGAAUAUUGUUUGCAUUUGUCGGAUGUCUUUUGGACAAUUUCGGGUUGUUCCCCAAUGACCUGCCACUCACCCGAAUCCACCGAGACCAUCGAAAAUGAGAGAAGAACGGAUACCGAGUCGCGAGUUGUAGACUCCGAUGAGACUCGCAUCGGUCAAGCCAUGAAAGACCUUAAAAAUACAGGCUGGUACUGGGGCAGCCUGACUGCCAACGAAGCCAAAGAGAUUCUCCAGGAUGCAUCAGAGGGCACCUUCCUGGUGCGAGACAGCUCCCAGAGGGACUACCUGUUCACCAUCUCUGCCAUGACCUCCGCCGGCCCAACUAACUUGCGCAUCGAGUACAAGGAGGGGAAGUUUAAACUAGACUCAGUGGUGCUGAUCAAGCCCAAGCUCAAGCAGUUUGACAGUGUGGUGCACCUGGUGGAACACUACGUGCAGCUGUCCAGGACUACCAGUAAAGGUGCGUCGUCAGGGGCGUCGCAGUCCCUGGCCCCACCCAACGGCACGGUUCAGCUGCUACUGACUAAGCCUGUGUACACUGCCACGCCCUCUCUACAGCACCUGUCCCGGAUCGCCAUCAACAACGCCACCAGGCAGGUGCAGGAGCUGCCUUUACCCAACAGGCUAAAGAACUACCUGACGGACUACAGCUACAAUGUAUAGUAGGACCGUAAAUCCCAGAUGUGGUUUGGGAUAGAGAGCAGUGCACCUGCCAUGCAGUGGCAGUCAGACUAUCACCCAGUCCGAAGUCAGUCUUUAGCCCCAACCACUAGACAUGGCUUGUAGACUAGCCCCGUACUUCUGGAAGGAUUGCUGUUGAGCAAUAUGCUUAUAGAGCCAAGUCAGUCAUCUAAUCCUCAGGAAGCUAGGUGGAAUUUCUCCCAUAUUACUACACCCUUCCAGUUCAUUUAGUGCUAUAGUUGUUCAUCAAAAAGGGCUUAGGAGUUGGAGCUAAGGGUUGAUUUCAGACCUGGGACAUGUACAUAAUCACUGAAACGGGUGCAAAUGUUUUCAAGCCAAAGUGGUAUACCCUGCCUGCAGACCAGCUCAGGUAAACAGGGUUUCGGAACCUUCUGAACGAGACCCAGGAGGGAUGGCAGUUGGCACUCAACUUUUUUUUUUUUUGCUUCUCAUUUCAAGCUCUUUGUUGUUGCUUUACACACUCUGCCUCAUGUCUGAGAAAUGAGCAUCUGACACGGUGUCCACUUUUUGUUCUGAUUUAUGUUUGAGUUUGUUCAUAUUCUAUAUUUUCUUUUUUUGUACUGUAAUCAUAAGAAGGGGCAGUGUUGGUGUGUCAUGAACUACAUGUAGUGCAACUAGUCAUUUAACUACCUUUUUUUCAGUAGCUUGGAGGAGGUUGAACUAAAUUCAAAUAUUGGUAGUCUUUUCAGCUAAUUACUUGUUUUUGCUGUGUAGCGAACUACAAUUUUUUUUUUUUUUAUUGUCAAGUUUUCAACUUAUUUUUCAACCUCAGACUUACUUAAUUGUCACUUGAAAGUAGAGGUCAACCGAUUUUUAAUUGGAAUGGCCGAUUUUCAAGUUUUCAGAACAAUCGGAAAUCGGUGUUUUUGGGUGCAGAUUUGCCGACGAAUUUUUUAAAAAAUUACUAUUUAAAAAAUAAUAAUUUUAAUACCUUUUUAUUUAACUAGGCAAGUCAGUUAAGAAUACAUUCUUAUUUCCAAUGAUGGCCUAGGAACGGUGGGUUAA